AUGUCAGCGGAGAAAGUCGGCGAGCAUGCGACAAGCUCAUCGCUGUCGAGCGCUGAUCGCAGUAACACACCCAUCAAGUCCGAGCAUGGAAUUUUGGCCAGAUUGCGUGCCUUCGAAGCCAGGCUCGAUGCGAAAUUAGGCAUCGAGUCUGAGGCCAUCACCCGGAAGCGGCCUGAGGAGAAAGGACCAGUACCGUGGCAUCACCAACUUACUAUGUUCUUCCUGUGGGCCUCGGGAACCAUGAAUACAUCGUGUUUCGCGACUGGAUUUCUCGGCUGGGAGUUUGGCUUGACGCUCAGGCAGUCAAUUGUCAUUACCAUAUUCGCGUCCAUACUAGGCGGCGCGGCGACAGGUUUUGCUGCAACUUUUGGCGCGCCGACCGGUCUCAGACAAAUUUCCGUGUCACGUUAUGCAUUUGGAUGGUGGCCUAACAAGGUCAUUGCGGCUCUCAACACCAUUGUACAAAUAGGAUGGGCUUCCGUCGCAUGCAUCACAGGCGGACUCGCAUUGACGGCGGUCGCGGAUGGCCACAUCUCCUUGAUUGUGGGCAUAGUUAUUCUCGCAGUGGUCGCUACUUUUAUCUCAUUUAUCGGUCUGAAAGCCAUCUUGGUAUACGAACGCUAUGCGUGGUUCGCGUUCUUCAUCAUAUUUAUGAUAUUCUUCGGUAUGACGGGCAAAUAUGCGGAUAACUCGACGCAAACCGAGCUUAAAGGCGCAAAUCUUAGCGGACAGGUCCUGAGCUUGAUUGCUAUUGUCUACGGUAGCUCCGCCUCGUGGCAGACUAUGGCGUCCGACUACUACGUUCACUACCCAGCGAACAUCUCCCGCCUCAAGGUAUUCCUUAUGACUACGUUCGGUAUUGCUAUCCCAACCUCUAUUGGAAUGAUAGCGGGCUGCGUCGUCUCCUCAGGCUUGAAUAACCGAGCGGAUUGGAAAGACGUCUACGAAAAUGAUGGCCUGGGCUUCCUCAUCCAAACCAUGAUCUAUCCACGCGGCUUCGCAAAAUUCAUACUUACGUUACUCGUUCUCUCCGGCAUCAAUGUCAACGUCAUUUCCAUCUAUAGCGCUGCUAUUUCCUGCCAGCAAUUUGCCCGUCCGUUCGCCAGAGUUCCCCGCUUCAUCUGGAUUAUCCUUUGCUUUGCCGCAAUUCUUGGACUGGCUGUCGGUGGCCGCGAAAAGCUGAACACCUACCUUCAAAACUUCCUCAGUUUGCUCGGAUACUGGUGCACUCAAUACUUUGUUAUUCUGUUCAGCGAGCACGUCAUUUUCCGGAAGAUGAACUUUGACAACUACGACCUCGAGGGCUGGAACGACCCAAAGCGGCUGCCAGUCGGUAUCGCUGCUGGCACAGCUUUCGCUAUUGGUAUUAUUGCCUGGGUCAUGGGUAUGGUAGAGACGUGGUACGUGGGACCUCUGGGUAAACUCAUAGGAGAGGAUGGAGGCGAUAUUGCGAACGAAUUCACAUUUGUGAUUACUGCCCUGGUCUACAUUCCAGCGAGGUAUCUCGAGAAGAAGAUCAUCGGGAAAUAA